AUGGCCAGCUUUGGCAACAGACCGUCCUCGGGCUGCAACAACAUCAUCUUCACAAUCUCUGCAGACGGCGAGAUCCGAUCUUUGAAGUCACCACAGCCAAGCCCACUGAAGAAACGGUUUCCGCAGCAAGAUCUUCGGCAAGCCCGGCUUGCGACCGGUGCGCAAAAGUAUCAACAUGCAUCGUCAUCAGCAUCAUGGCCGUCAUCCUUUUCCAAAGUUCAAGACAACACACGUUUGACUCCACGUACUUGCACACCAAGUACGUCGGUCGAGCCCAGUGGCUCAGACAGCUCCAAAGUCAGCCAGGGAGAGCCACCGGCGCCGCUGCCGCCACUAAACAGACGCGAAAUCGACGUUGCCAUCCAGAUAGCGCGGUCCGAGUACAUCCAGGCCGGUCUCCAAAGGCGGUAUUGGGACCCGCCGCUCUUUCCACAGCACCACAGAGCAGCUGUCAUCGAUGAUGGUCCCAUUGAUGCAGACAGCUUUCCAAGAGCCGUGGCUCUGACGGACAUCAGCAUCUCGGGCGACCCGAUUCGCAUGCGCACACCCGACUUCCAGGUCGAACCGCGCGGCCUGAAGGUCGGCGCUUGCCUUUUCCUCAACCUACCCUACGGUGCCAACGAUGCCUGCGGCUUGCAGAUCAAGAUGAGGGACGGCAGCCCGACCGAUCAGCCCAGGUUCGUCCUCGAAGUCUGCGCUGCUGUCCUAGAUGCCGGUACCGGCAGGAAAGCAUGGCGUCUUUGCACCCAGCACGACGUCACGACCAUCAUCAAUGAUAUCGCUCGGAAGCGAGUUGCCUCGACCUCGACCUCAGCCUCUCAAUACCAUGACGCCAUGCCCACCACACAUGGGCACAGCCCACCAAGCCCAGCAGCUCAUCCCAACGAACCCUUCGACUGGACAACCUUCACCGAAGAAGAAGAAGAAGAGGGGGAGCUGACCGCGUCGAAAAGCCGACGGCGGCAGCGCCUCGACCGUCAACGACAUGACCAACCCACCUCGGCCCGCUGCCGCCGCCGCAACCAUCCCCACCAGGACACCCACGCCCACUCCCGCCUCUCCGGCGCCACCCUCAUCAACAAGACGCCAACGCCAACGCCAACGCCAUCCGCCCGCUCCACCCUCGUCGUCGUUACACCAACAUUACCACCACCACCACCACCACCACCACCCCACCGACCUCCCCCCCUCCAUCUACCAAUCCUUCCUCCACCUCGCCCACUCCCUCCGCCGCGCCCACUCGUCCCGCUUCUUCAUCCUCGUCCCGCACCGACACCGACACCGACACCGACACGGCCACCGACACCGAGACCCACUCCACCGCACCGAGGAGCAUCACCCCACCACUACUCUCCGCCAUCGUCACUGCCAUCGUCACUGCCAUCGUCCUCAUCCUCGUCGACGGCUGCGUUUCCAGCAGCAGGUCGGGACGAUGGAGGGGGAGGACGAGGAGGAGGAAGGCGGGGAGGAGGGAGACGGGAUGCACACGACGACGGAGACGACGACGACGACGACGACGGCACCGCUUUUGCUGCUAGGCGGUGGCGGGGGGUACCGCGUUGGGUUCGUGUCGGCGGAGGUGUAUGA